UGGUGGGCGUUCUGGCGCACUAUGGCUGCAGUCACAUCAUCCAGGUGGAUGCUGCACAUUGGUGGUGGACGAGGAGAUCCUCCCCUCACAAUAUAAAGCGCUUUGAGUGCGUAGAAAAGCAGAAAAGCGCUAUAUAAAUGUAAUGAAUUAUUAUUAUUAUUAUUAAAUAUAGUUUACGUUGAAAUUCAUUUUAAAUCACAUUUUCGAAGAUGUGCUUAUGGGUUCCUUCUAUAUUCAGACAUGCAACGCAUAUGAGAUUGUGUCUGUAAAACAAGGGUGUAAAAAACCCUGACAGCUUAAUGUAUUUGCCCAAAAAAAAGCUGUUCACAUUUAUAACAAUGUUCUAAAAACAAAAAAGUUUUUAUUUUUUUCUACUCUUAAUAGCAUUUUGUUGAGAAUAGUUUAAGUUAGAGAUCUUUCUAAUGCUGAAACCCUGGAUUUGUUUGAAUUUUGUCAGAUAUGUGGCCAUUUGUUUGUGCUUAGAAUAAAGCAAACAUUACACAAGAAGUUUGGAGAUGACUGUGUUGUGGAUAGUGGGAGGGAUAUUAGGGGUAUUUCAGUUCUCCUGCUGUUGUCUCUGACAUAUUGUGAGAGUUCAGUUCAGCAGGACGAUGCUCCUUCCACUGCUGUUAUGGAUGGCAUUGCUCUGUCACGUCUCUGAUGGCCGGACUUCCUCUCAAAGACAUGAUCCGGUCAUAGACCAAUCUCCAACGUUUUAUGUUUUAGCUCCAGCAAAGAUAAGACCUGGAACAAAACAGAACAUCCUGCUGGAGGGUCACAAACUCUCCCAGGCAUUAGAAGUCUCCAUCGCGGUCUAUGAUUACCCAGUCUCCCAAACUGCCUUAAUGACGGGCUCUGUUAUCCUCAAUUCAGAAAACAACUACAGCGCCCUCAAAACCAUUGAGAUUGAUCCAAAUGUGCUACAACCAGAUGGAAAGAAGAAAUAUGUGAAGAUUGUUGCUCAGUUUAGAGCAUUCCAUCGUGCAGAAAGAGUAUUACCGGUGUCGUUCCGCUCUGGAUACAUCUUCAUUCAGACUGAUAAACCGGUUUACAACCCUGGAGACAAUGUGCGUUGCAGGGCUUUUGUGUCUGACACUGAAUUCCGUGCUGCUGAGAGGACCAUUUCUCUGGAGAUUCAGAAUCCAGACGGUAUUGCAGUACAUGGUAUUUCUAGAGCCAAAUCAAUCGAUGGGAUACUCUCUAACACCUACCCCCUCUCAUCUGUGGUCAAAGAGGGCAAGUGGAAAGUUGUUGCAAAGUUUGAUCAGGGAAAAGAGAACAUUUUCAGCCGAGAGUUUGAAGUCAAGAAAUAUGUCCUCCCAGCGUUCAACGUCACUUUGACUCCAAAGACAUCCCACCUCAGACUAGACGCAGAAAAGUUGGAGGUAGAAAUAACAGCCAGGUAUCUUUAUGGUGAACCAGUGAAAGGUGUUGCAUAUGUGCUGUUUGGUAUUGAAAUUGAUGGUGAAAAGAAGAGACUCACAUCUAUGAAGCAACUAAAUGAUCUGAAUGGAGGAAAAGUUAGUUUGACUAUGGAAGAAAUAAAGAAGGCCUAUCUUGACACAAACAGCUUACUGGGGUCUUCUGUGUACGUCAAAGCAUCAGUAAUGACCAUCUCAGGUAGCGACCUUGUGGAAGCAGAGAAAUCUGGUAUUAAAAUUGUAAUGUCACCAUACAUGCUCUCCAUCAGAGACACACCAAAGUAUUUCAAACCUGGCCUGCCAUUAGCCAUGACGGUUACCGUGAGUGACCACAAUGGAUCUCCAGUCCAUAAUAUUCCUGUUAAAAUCAGCUUUCUUGAAAGCCCAAUCACUGUACACAGUGGCACCAUCAAAGUCUCCAUCAACAUGCCUGAGAAGUACAGCUCAUAUGGUGAUUCACAGAUACUGAAGGUGGAGACAGCAGAUCCUUCACUGAAACCAGAACAGCAGGCUGUUCAAGAGAUGCGUGUGGAGUCAUAUGUCUCUUUUAUCAGCUACAGGAGGAACUACCUGCACAUCUCAGUGGGCAACAGUCCAGUGGUGGUGGGCAGCACACUCAACAUCCAAGCUCACAUCAAAUCUAGCCCACCAGAACGAAGAAAACUUGUGGAGCAGCUGACGUAUGCUGUGUUAAGUAAAGGAAACAUAAUCCACGCUGCUAGGAUGAAUGUCAAAGACCUGGUCGUCAUAAACAUUCCUCUGCUGAUUACCUCAGAAAUGCUACCUGCGUUUCGCUUUGUGGCCUACUACAUUUUGCCAUGGCAGCAUAGUCCAGACGUGGUGGCAGACUCUGUGUUUGUGGAUGUUGAGGACCGGUGUGUUGGUUCGCUCAGUGUAGGUCCAGUGGAAGGAGAAAAAGCCAAUUCGUACUCACCAGGCAGCAGCAUUACAUUUGAAGUGAAAGGAGACCCAGGGGCAAAGGUCAGCCUGGUUGCUGUGGAUAAUGCCAUCUUCCUGUUGAGUAAAAACCGUCUGACGCAGAAGAAGGUGUGGGAGGUGGUGGGUCAGGGUGAUAUGGGCUGCACCGCAGGAGGAGGCAGGAAUAAUAUGGGUGUUUUCAGUGACGCAGGACUGAUGUUUCAUUCCAGCACAGGAGCAUACACGGACUACAAAAAAGAUUGUUCCAGUAGAUCUAGAAGAAGACGUUCUGCUGCCAAACUGCAGCUUAGAGAGCAACUGGAGAAGGCAUAUUCUGACGAGUUCCUGCAGAGAUGUUGUGUGGACGGCAUGAGGGAGAUUCCCAUGCCGUAUUCCUGCUACCGUCGCUCCCUCUACAUCACCGAGGACUGGAGCUGUGUGUUGGCUUUCCUUCGCUGUUGUGCGGAGUACAGAGGGGAGGAGCUCUGUGUCGUUACCAGACCCCCGACAACCACCUCUCCACCAACCACCACCCCUGUACACACCACCAGAGCCCACAAGAUUCUCAUGGAUUUCGUUAGGGAACGUGAUGUUUAUCUUGCUCAAGCCAGGCCAGUGCUUAUUGGUCUUGCUGGGCGUAUGGGAUCUAACGUCGUUGCAGCGCGUGAGGACAGUUAUGAUGAAAACAUCGGAGAAGAAGAAGAGGAAGGGGAGGUGGAAGAGUUCGAUGAAGAUGAUUUAGCUGACUUAGAGGACAUUUAUGUGCGCAGCAAGUUCUUCGAGUCGUGGCUGUGGACCGACAUCAGGCUACCCAGUGUCACCAAGUCUGAUGGGUUGGCUGUAUUUCCAGUAAACACUGUUCUUCCUGACAGCAUCACUCAGUGGGGGUUUCUAGCCGUCAGUGCUUCACCUCGGACAGGUUUCUGUGUAGCUGAACCGUAUAAUGUCCGGGCGUCAAAGUCGUUCUUCAUAGAUCUGCGGCUGCCUCACUCAGUGUCCAGAAAUGAACAUGUGGAAAUCAAAGCUGUGGUGCACAACUACAGGAACUCAACACUAGAGGUCUUGGUAAUUCUGGAGAAGACAGAGGACAUGUGCAGCGUGGCAUUUAGUGGACAGCACAGACAGCAGGUUUCGGUACCGGCCGGCUCCUCCAAGCUGAUUUCAUACACCAUCAUCCCUCUUAAAACAGGAGAGCUCCCUCUACAGGUCACAGCCGUCGCAGCCUCCUUCAUGGGGCAGGAUGCAGUGAGGAAGAAUCUGCGUGUGGUAGUCGAAGGCAUCCAGACAAUUAAAGUGAGGAGCUUUGUGCUGAACCCCUCUGAGAAAGGAGGCAGCGCUGGUAGACAGCAGAUAGAAGUGGAGAAGAUGCAGUUGGACGCCGUUGUGCCAAAAUCUCUGCCGGAGACAUUUGUCAAUGUCAGAGGUGAUUUGCUGGCAGACAGCAUUGAUAAUUCUAUUAAGGAGGACUCUCUGGCAGCGUUGAUCCGGAUGCCCGGCGGGUGUGUGGAGCAGAACCUGGCCAGAAUCACGCUGCCCCUCAUUGCCACCCAUUACCUGGACCGCAGUGGAAACUGGGACGCUGUGGGAAUAGAUCGCAGACAAGAGGCCAUCAAAUACACUCAGACAGGGUAUGAAAAUCAGCUUAAUUACCGGAAAAAGGAUGACUCGUAUCCUCCCUACGCCAAAGAAGGCACCAGCACAUGGAUCACUGCAUACGUGGUGAAGGUUUUCUCCAUGGCAAAAUCAUUUAUUAGCGUCAAUGAGAAGCAUCUGUGUGGCCCUCUGGUGUACCUGCUCAAGAAUAAACAGCGUCCUGAUGGAUCCUUUCAGGAGGACAAUCCUGUCUACGACACCAGUAUGACGGGAGGCCUGCAAGGCUCUGAAUCCAGAAUGUCUCUGACCGCAUUCGUGCUCAUUGCUUUGGCAGAGGCACAAAAUGCUGUUAUUUGCCAAGAGCCAGAUCUUGACAUACAGGACAAGUCCAGAAAAUCAGCGUUGUAUCUAAGGGAGCAUUUUGCCCGGGUGAAGAGGCCGUACACAGCGGCUAUAGCAUGCUACGCUUUAGCAGUAUCCAACCACGGCUGCAUGAAGAGCAUGUUACUAAAUUUAGCCUCGCCUGAUCGUACCCACUGGCCUGACUCUAGUAAUUAUUUCUUCAUGCUGGAAGCUACUGGCUAUGCAUUGUUAGCGCUGAUCAAAGGUGGCCACAUGGAAGAGGCAGCCGCCCCCUUUCGAUGGCUGAACGAGAAGCGUGGCAUUGGAGGAGGAUACGGCUCUACACAGUCCACUAUGGUGGUGCUACAGGCCCUGUCUGAGUACCUGGUGAAGAGGCCUCCUUCUGACGACCUCAAUAUGUUGGUGCAGCUCAGUGUUCCUGGUCGCAGUGACGUACGCUGGACCUUCAAUCAAAAAGUGGCAUAUGUGGCCCGAUCUUCACGGGUGCCUCUUGACCAGAAAUUCACAGUGGAGGCUUCUGGGAAGGGCAAGGGAGUUUUGGAGGUAGUGACGGUGUACCACCAGCUUCCUGAUGUGUAUGAGAACAGCACAUGUAACGGCUUUCAGCUGGACGUCUCCAUCGCUGAGACUAAUGAAAAAACUCCACCGGAUGUAGAAAAGUCAUAUAGACUCAAUAUCAACGUGAGGGCUCUGGAGGGACGCCAAGUGAGGAUGGUGAUUCUGGACAUCAGCCUGCCCACUGGCUUUGAGCCUGAAAACUCAGAUUUAGAGUUGCUCACAAAUUCAGUGGAUCGCUACAUCAACAACUUCCAAGUGGUGGACAACCUGAGCGACAGAGGAUCCCUCAUAAUUCACCUGUUUAGGGUGUCCAGUACUCAGACAGACGUGAUCUCAUUCAGACUGCAUCAGAAAUUUAAAGUGGGACUCCUUCAGCCCUCCACUGUCACAGUGUACCAGUACUACAACAAAGAUAAACGUUGUAGCAGGUUCUACUCUCCUCCAGAAGACAAAGAGCAGCUUGAUCAGAUCUGCAAAGACAAUGUGUGUCGCUGCUCACAGGGUGACUGUUGUGUGAUGAAAGAAGACUCCUCGUCUUACAGUGAGGAACAGAGGAAGGCUGCAGUGUGCAAUGGAUUACACCAUGCCUACAGGGUCAAACUGAUCAGCGUCAGCCAGAGUAACUACGACCAGUAUGAGAUGGAGAUUGCGCAGGUUAUCAAAGAGGGGACAGAGGAAGGCCUGAACGAGAAUGAAAAGAGGAUGUUCCUCUCUCAUGCAAGCUGUAGGACAGGACUUGGUUUGAGAGAGGGUCAGGACUAUCUGAUCAUUGGGCCCAUCACUGAUGUUUGGCAUGGAGGGAGCACGUCCAACAAGUAUGUGUAUAUGUUGGGUAAGGACACAUGGGUCGAGCGCUGGCCAUCCGAGUCUGAAUGUGGGGCUGGAUCCACACUGGAGGUGAAAUGUGGCGAGCUGAAGAGCUUCGCACAGGCACUGACCAAAAGUGGCUGUCAGACUUGAGAGAUGCCACACAAAUUUCAUUGCCACCAGUUUAAAUUGUGUUUUUGGUUUCAUACACCUUUUCCAAGACACCUUUUCUGUGUAUCUUUCUGUGUAUCCUAAAAAAAAAAGAAUAAUAAAAUGUCUCACUUUUUCCAAA